UCUGCAAAGGUGGGACAGCAAAAAAAAAUGGCUAUAGCAAGGCAUUGUCUGUAAAAAGUUACAAGUAGGACAUUUUAUCCCGUCCAGUGCGCUAAAAAAAAAAAACAAGUAUGAUCCAAAAUCAUGUGGAUUUGCGAAGGAAGCUGCCCAGACUGCUUACGAUCACUACAGUCCACCCUUUUAAUGAAAUAUGACAGGCUGUCUGCAUCUGUUUACUGUACGACAGUCACGCUGCUCCUCAACGCAACUCUAUACAACUGCUGUUAAUUGGUGCGUUCAAGCGCUCCUCGUCAAAACCAGCUUCAGAAUAUGUGGAGCAUUUUUCUAGUAGGACCUUUGCUGAAGUAAGGCAAUCAAUACCACAGUACAAACUUUCACACAAACGUCAUCCAUUCCAAAUGUUAUUUUAGUACACAACACAAAGGUAUUUAGAGCAACGCAUAAUAUGUCACAAAAGUAGGUACUCAUUUUAGAAAAUUAUUAUAUUCACGGUAUAAAAUGCUGUAAUAUUCAUAUAGGCUAUAACAAAAGCAUAAUAAUUAUUUAAACAACUUUAUACCAUGUGACAAUUACAUGGAAUACAAUUUAGACUGAUUAUAUAAUGGGCUAUUCUUACCGAACAAAUCCUCUGCUACAUAAUUGUAGAGCGGUGAAAGGUGAGUCUUUACUCUGUAAAACGUUAUGUAACUCAGGUAACCUCUAAACUUGCACACAAUGUAAAAUGUGAGCUCUAUAUCUAUGACGCUUGGGAUCACUGGUGCGCUUUCUGUUGCCCAGUUACGGUAAUGGUGCUGAUGAGGGCGAGGAGGAGAUGUGUUCGUUAGAUGCUAUUGUGCUCUGCUGCCAUUUCUACCCGUGCAUCUCCACCGAAAUAUCAACUGAGCUGCAUGAAUAAUUCUGUUCUAACUAUUUGAACACAACACAGGUUGGCAUAAUCUUUUAAAAAAAAUAAAAAAAUAAUAAAAAAAACCAAAGAAAGGACCUAAACUAGGCAGGGUAUCUCUGUUAGCAAUAGGAGAAACCCUGCUUGUCCGGAGAAUCAUCUUUGGAGGAUAAGCAUCGACAUGGGCUUUGCUUUCCACAGGUACUGAGCUCUUUACUUGAUGAUUUGAUUUCAGUGAAACAUGGAGACGAUAUGGCUUUAUCAGUUUCGUCUGAUCGUCAUCGGAGACUCCACGGUCGGUAAGUCGUGUCUGAUCCGGAGGUUCACUGAGGGUCGCUUCGCCCAGGUGUCAGACCCGACCGUGGGUGUCGACUUCUUCUCCCGCCUGGUGGAGAUUGAGCCGGGCAAAAGGAUCAAACUACAGAUCUGGGACACUGCAGGACAGGAGAGGUUCAGGUCCAUCACCAGAGCCUACUACCGUAACUCUGUGGGCGGGCUCUUACUCUUUGACAUCACAAACCGUCGCUCCUUCCAGAACGUCCAUAACUGGCUGGAGGAGGCGCAGAGCCAUGUCCAGCCGCACAGCAUCGUCUUCCUGCUGGUGGGUCACAAGUGUGACCUGGAGGCCCAGCGCCAGGUGACCCAGCAGGAGGCAGAGAAACUGGCGGGGGCCUUCGGGAUGCGCUACGUGGAGACAUCCGCACGAGAAGCCAUUAACGUGGAGAAGGCAUUUGUGGAUCUGACGAGGGACAUCUUCGACCUGGUUCGUAAUGGGGACAUCAAGAUUCAGGAUGGAUGGGAGGGCGUGAAGAGUGGAUUUGUUCCCAACACCAUCCACUCCUCAGAGGAGGUCACCAAGGGCAGCCGGCAGUGCUUCUGCUGAUUGACCUGUAUGCAGCAUGAAGGGGGACAGGCGGUAAUACUCGGACUCCAUCAGUAAGAGAUCCCUCUCACCUCGACUGCUAUCAGGCUAGUUUUUUCUGGGGGGGCUCAUAAAGUUUCCCUGCUCAGUUACAUACUUUACUUCUAUAUAUAAUACAUUGUUUUCUCUUCUGGUGCCUGUUUCUGGCUUUGUCCAAACCUAAGACACUUUGUUGAUGUUCCUAAAAGGCGUAGAAGCACAAGAAAUCCCCCCCCCCUCCCCCUCACUGUUGCGUGUGCAUGUGUAUGUGACUUUAAUAACCCUGCAGCUGUUACCAACACUUCAGCUUUAACACACUUCUUGGCCUUUUCCUGAUGUGUACAGUUAUUCUCCAGUGGCCAGUUAUGUUGUGGCUGCACAUGUCUUUUGAGACUGAUGCAUUCAGUGUUGUGUGUUAAUACUCCGAUGUUCAUUUCAAUCUGAAUCAGUGACGCCAAGUCUGAGCCAUGUUUCUUUUGUCAUGCGUCACACUCUGAAUACCGUGCGGUGAAGAGACAGGAAGAGAUUUUCACCGACUGUGCUGCACAACGAAUCCAAGUGGCUUUCUGCAUAACACGAGUGAAGGAUGAUGGAAGUGAACACAAACAGAAGAGGUGGUGAGGUGUUUGUUUGUCUGGCUGUGACCUGCUAACGACUGCUGGAGAAGGAGUUUGCACUGUGAAAAUGUUGAUUUGGUACAUUUGUUUUCUGAAAAGAAAAGUCGACUGUAGCUGCUUACUUAUAGCCAUUCUAAAUCCAUUAUAGCAAGGAUGCUGAUAUUAAUAAGGUAACUACCAAGUUUGUGUUUAGUUUCUGUUCGCGUUACACCAAUAUAUGCCUUUUGUAUGGAAGCCCAAAGUGUCCAAUAUAUAUAUGCUGUUAUCUCAAAAUCACAAGUUAAUAGAUUUUUAAUUGAAAGUUGUCCCAAGGUAUUUGAUUUAUCUUUGGACAUUUUAAUCGAACAGGGAAACGUUUUGAUCUAUGGAUCUUCCUCAGGCCGAGGGAGACGUUGCCCUGUUUAUAUUAAAUUGCCCGUUGCUAGCUGAAGAGUGUGCGGACCUUUCUAUAUUUUCUGCAGUUAGCACUUUUCUUGUCCUGCACCUGUACGCAUUUUGCCUGGAUGUGUGCACAAACAUGAUCAUUUAUCACACAAAACAACCUUUUUUUUUUUCCUCGAUUUCACAACAUACAGUAACUAUGGAGAAUUAAAAAAUGAAUGUCUGGUUCAUUUCAUCUCACCUUAAAUUCAUUUCAAGGCAACUGUCUCGCUCACUCAAAUAAAGUCACCUAACUGAACCUGUCCUAACGGUGAUGACAGAUGAGGAGGAUUCAGUACUGAAAAAUAAUUGAAGAAUUAUAUAAUACAUUUAUCAAUCAUAGGUUCUUCUUGGUUUGACAUUUACAGCUUUAAUCUCUUUCUGGGUCUUGAGAUAACUGCUUAAAAAAUGGUCAGUGAAGUCUUUUCCUGCCUAUGUGAAUAACAUAGUUUAACUUGAUUACGUUUUUAUUCAGUUAAAGACGUUUUUAUUUCAAAAUGCCCCUUUUCACACAUCUUUAGUUUUACUAUUUAACCAUGAUCAUCAUCCCUCAAACCUUUCAGCCAAUCACAUGCCUCUUGUCUGUGACGCUUGCUGAACAAAUGCUCUCCUACAUAACGUCUGUCAUCGACAAUACAAGAAAAAUAAACAAGGCAUUGUUUAAAAUAAAUAUAUAAAAUAAAAUUCACUUGGAGAAAUUCUGAAUCAAUUGCUUGACUGAUAAAUGCUGAAAGUUAUGAAAAAUACUUUUCUAACUCAUUCUUCAUUUAUUUAAUAAUGAACACUUUGGCCAUCAUAUCAUCUUUCAAACAUAACACAUCAUCCAUUCUCACACUUCUGCUUACAACGCAUGUAUUUAUGAAUUUCGCACUUUGACAAAACAUUUCGCAAUAUUAAAAGUAAACAGUUAAGGAUAAUUCCAACAGUCCAACAAGUUACUUUAACUCUCGAAACACAGGAAUGGUUUUGACAUUUCCAGUGGAAGUGUCUCUUUUGAGUGCCUACAACACUCAUUUCACUUCCUGUCUUGAGAUAAACUGCAUGUCAAUGAUGUGAAUAGUAAGGUCUCAACUGUUAAGUGAAGGGAAAACAUGGUCAUCACUUCACAAAAUAUGUUAAUUAUUUAUUUAAGCCCAAGUUUAACAAAGACGUCUGUUCCAUGUCGUUUCUAAGCCCGUCAUAGCACAAAUGUCAUCCAUAAUAACAAAGGCCUGGAGACAUUGUUAAAGGUCUGUCUUGGAGGUUCCUGUAGCUCUUUGUUCAGACAUUAUGUAUGGAACGGGUAGUAGUUAUUGGCCUCAGCUAGAGAAGGAUGUAGCGCUGUGUGCGACCUCUAGAUGGCAGCCUUAAUGUGCAGUAAGAAAAAAGGAUCGUCCUGUUUUUUUAUUUUAGAAGUGUUGGGAUAAAGUAGUUUCCUACUUAGUGACAUUUGAGGUCCUUUUUUUUCACUUAACAUUUUCAUGAUGUGUAUAUACAACUGUUUGAAUUUUUAUUUUUUUCCCGAUGAGCUGAAGGACAAAGUCAUCUUUUAUUGGUUUAAAAUGUUCUUUUCUUAAGCUUGCCCUCUUUCCCCACAGCCACACUCUCACAAACAUAUCACACACAAAUGGAUUAGCUGGAUAAUGAAUCGUCAUAAAACUGAAAACAGGGCUGAUUUCUUGAGCACAGGAAACAUUACCAGAUCUGUGUGUCCCACUGGACAUCGACAGACACAAUAUUCUCACAGAAUUUGAUGUUUUGCUAUAGCUUGGGCGAUCAAAAGGUUUAGGUAAGUAUGGAAAAUUAGUGACAAGUGGAUAUCAUUUAGGCCAGUGCUCCUUUCAUUUCUCUAGGGAUAAGAAAAGAGGCAUGAUACUGAUUAGAAACAACGAUUCAAUAAACCAGCUGUCAGCUUGUGAAAGCUAAGGGGCAUCACAGAUGUUCUGAUUACAUUUUUUUCGUCCUUAUACCGAUCAUCCUGACCCUGAAAUUGCAAAUCAUUUAAUUCCCAGUACCAAUCCAACACAUGUGAAAUAAAACUAAAAUGAAAAGCCUUGCACACUGUACACAUUAUCUUUCUACUUCUGGUGUAAAAUACUGCAAAAAUGAUGAUAUGAAGGCAGAAUUCAAUAAAAGUCGUCAACCCAG